AUGCCUUGCUUCUCGGCGCAAAGUUUGGCUUACCUUUUCGGCGGUAGCUGUCUUGGAGCUAGCAUGGUAUGGAGCUUGAGCAGCAAGCGCAAGCGAGGUGGCGCAGGCAAGCACAAGCUCAGCAAUGACAAAAAGCGCUUGCAAAGUCGUCGCUUGCCGCCGGAGUUACAAGACUCGUUGGACAUUGUUGUGAACCCUCAGCUGAAGAUGAACUCACGUCGGAUUGGCGAAAUAUUCAAAAAGAUUGUAAAGGACACGCUGGAGCCCAUUCUUCAGGCGAAAACUGGCAUCGCCUUGGAAAUCGAGAGCUGCUUCCUCUGCAGCGCGGACUUUCCCCUGCAAGUCGAUUCCCUGACCGAGUUCCGCGGAGACGGCACCAAGUUCACAGCGGUUCUCGAUGGCCUGACUUUAAACAACGCCGAACUGACGGUUAAAUACGAAACACGGUUGACAGGUAAGAGCACCAUCAGUUUGAAACAAUUAGAACGUUUUGGACGUUAG